UCUCCACGUGAGUAUCAACAGCAUGAAGGCUGGCAUGUAAAUUUCACUCUUCGUGUGUUACCUUGUUGCAUUUGUAUGUGGAUUCAGCACCAGCGACAUUAAUCUAAAAGGCGAGAACAAGAGAGACGAUGGCAACAGUUCGCAAGAAGGUGGAUAACCGGAUCCGCGUUCAGAUUGAAAAUGGGGUCACUCUGCAGCAUCGCACCAUGUUUGUUGUGGUGGGGGAUCGCGGCAGAGACCAGGUGGUCAUCCUGCAUCACAUGCUGUCCAAAGCCUCCGUCAGAGCACGACCCUCUGUGCUGUGGUGCUACAAGAAAGACCUUGGCUUCAGCAGCAAUCGGAAGAAGCGCAUGCGACAGCUCCAGAAGAAGAUCAAGACGGGAACCCUCAACCUGAAGCAGGACGACCCGUUUGAGCUCUUCAUCGCUGCCACCAACAUCCGCUACUGUUACUACAAUGAGACACACAAGAUCCUGGGAAACACCUACGGCAUGUGCGUCUUACAGGAUUUUGAAGCUCUUACUCCCAACCUCCUGGCGAGAACUGUUGAAACCGUUGAAGGAGGCGGUAUAGUGGUCAUCCUGCUCAGGACAAUGAACUCCCUCAAGCAGCUGUACACAAUGACCAUGGAUGUGCAUUCUCGAUACAGGACUGAGGCCCAUCAGGAUGUGGUGGGAAGGUUCAAUGAGAGGUUCAUCCUGUCUCUUGCCUCCUGCAAGACUUGUGUUGUCAUUGACGACCACCUCAACAUCCUGCCCAUCUCCAGCCACAUGGCAAAUAUCAAGCCUGUUCCUCCUAAGACUCAGGAGGACAGUUUGUCUCCGCGAGAGCAGGAGCUGAAGGACCUAAAGGAGUCCCUUCAGGAUACUCAGCCUGUGGGUGUGUUAGUGGACAACUGCAAGACCAUGGACCAGGCAAAGGCAGUGCUGAAGUUCAUUGAGGCCAUCUCAGAAAAGACCCUGAGGAGCACCGUGGCUCUGACCGCCGCCCGUGGACGAGGCAAAUCUGCAGCACUUGGGCUGGCUGUGGCUGGAGCCGUGGCCUUUGGCUACUCUAAUAUCUUUGUAACCUCACCGAGCCCAGACAACCUCCACACCAUGUUUGAAUUCGUCUUCAAAGGCUUUGACGCCCUGCAGUAUCAGGAGCAUCUUGACUAUGAAAUCAUCCAGUCUUUGAAUCCAGAGUUCAACAAAGCAGUGGUGCGAGUGAACAUCUUCAAAGAGCAUCGGCAGACUAUUCAGUACAUCCACCCGGGUGAUGCAGUGAAACUGGGCCAGGCCGAGCUGCUGGUCAUCGAUGAGGCUGCUGCCAUCCCUCUUCCUUUGGUCAAGAACCUGCUGGGACCUUAUCUGGUUUUCAUGGCCUCCACGAUCAAUGGGUAUGAGGGUACAGGACGUUCUCUGUCUCUCAAACUGAUUCAGCAGUUGAGACAGCAGAGUGCAGACAGCCAGCAGAGCAUGUCAGCAGAGAACAGGAGCACAAACACAGCCAGGCUAGCAGCAGCUCGCUCUCUCCACGAGGUUUCCUUGCACGAGUCCAUUCGGUAUGCCGCAGGAGACCCUGUAGAGAAGUGGCUGAAUGAGCUUCUCUGUUUGGACUGUCUGAACAUUCCCAGGCUAAUUUCCGGCUGUCCGCUGCCACAGACCUGUGACCUAUAUUACGUGAACCGAGAUACACUGUUCUGUUACCACAAAGCAUCUGAGGCCUUCCUGCAGAGACUGAUGGCUCUUUACGUGGCGUCACACUACAAGAAUUCCCCCAACGACCUCCAGAUGCUGUCAGACGCCCCGGCCCAUCACCUCUUCUGCCUUCUGCCCCCUGUCCCACCCACACAGAACUCUCUCCCCGAGGUCCUGGCUGUGGUGCAGGUGUGUCUGGAGGGUGAAAUAUCUCGUCAGUCCAUCCUCAAUAGUCUGUCUCGGGGAAAAAAGGCCUCUGGUGACCUCAUUCCCUGGACUGUGUCAGAACAGUUCCAAGACCCAGAGUUUGGAGGUCUCUCCGGAGGCAGAGUGGUGCGAAUCGCUGUCAACCCAGACUACCAAGGGAUGGGCUACGGCUCAAGAGCUCUCCAGCUGCUGCAGAUGUAUUAUGAGGGAAAGUUCCCAACCAUGGAUGAAAAUGGACACACAAACAGUGAGAUCACCUCUGUCAGCAGCGAGGCUGUCAGUCUUCUGGAGGAGGUCAUUACUCCCAGAAAGGAACUCCCUCCUCUGCUGCUGAAGCUGAGCGAGAGAAGGGCAGAGAGACUGGACUAUCUAGGAGUCUCCUACGGCCUUACCUCACAGCUGCUCAAGUUCUGGAAGAGAGCCGGUUAUACCCCAGUCUAUUUAAGACAAACUCCCAAUGACCUGACAGGGGAGCACUCAUGUGUGAUGCUGAAGGAGCUGAAUACAGAUGAAGCCCCAGAGCAGGGCCAGUGGUUGUCUGCUUUCUGGAAAGAUUUCCGCCGCCGCUUCCUAUCUCUUCUCUCCUACCAGUUCAGCAACUUCGGUCCAAGUCUGGCGCUCAACAUCCUGCAGAACAAGAAUGCCAAGGAGGAGAUAACGAGACUCAGCAGCUCUGAACUCGCUGUCCAUUUCAGUCCGUACGACUUAAAGCGUCUGGAGCUGUAUUCAAGGAGCAUGGUGGACUACCACCUCAUCAUGGACCUGGUGCCAACUGUGGCACGCUUAUUUUUCCUCAAGCAGCUGGGCGAUCUCUCCCUCUCAGCGGCACAGUGUGCGUUAUUGUUGGGCGUGGGCUUACAGCACAAGUCAGUGGAACAGCUGGAAAAGGAAAUUGAACUCCCAAGCUCACAGCUCAUGGGCCUCUUUAAUCGCCUCAUCCGGAAAUUUGUGCAAGUCUUCACCAGCAUCCAGGAAAAGGCUAUUGAGGCAGAGAUGGUGGCGUCUAAAGAUGUUUCUAUGGAGCCUGCUGCCCUGAGCCUUAAUGAUGAUCUGAAUGAGGCAGCUAAGGAGUUUGAGGAGAGGCACAAGCAGGACAUAGAGAAAGUCAAGGAGAUGGACCUUGCAGAGUACAGGAUCCGUGGAGACGAUGAAGAAUGGGACCAGGUGUUGAAGACAGCAGGGAACACGGCUAUUGUCAGCAUAAAAAGCGGCAAGAAGAGGAAACUAGAAGGGGGAAACCACAUAGCAAACCAGGGGGAUCCAAAGCAAGGCAAACCGAAAAAGGACAUGCAGCAUGGCAAAUUCAAGAAAAAUAGGGACAAGCCAGGCAAAUUUGGAAAGAAGCCAUGACAGUAAACAGCACUGCACUAACAGGAC